CCGGAACCCUCCAAAGCCACUUUGGUCCAGUCCUUUUUCUCCCAGAGCGUGGUUUCUUUUUUCUUUCUCCUUUUGCUUUUUCCAACGAUAGUUGACCGGCGUACACACGAAUUCAGUAAACCGUAGCGACAAUGCUCCCACUGAGGAACAUCGGCCCCCGAGCCGCGAGGCGUGCCGCUGUGUUUGGAGCACCCCGCAUCACGGCUACUUUCCGGCUUGCGAGACACCUCUCCGCAUCCGCUGUUAUCCGUUCUCAGCAUUUGAAUGCAAGAAUCGUCGAGGGUGGAAUCCAAUUCGAUGGCCCUGCCCGUAGAUCGACGCUCCCGCACUUCUGGUUGAGGGAUAACUGCCGUUGUAGCCACUGUGUGAAUCAAGACACUACCCAAAGAAACUUCGACACAUACUCCAUUAGUGAAGACGUUCGUCCCUCGGAUAUCAAAUCAGAAGAGCAAGGCAUCACCGUGACGUGGGAGCAAGACGGCCAUCAGAGCUUCUAUCCCUGGCAUUUCAUCAAACACUACUUGCAGAAUGACCACCGUUGUCCAGAGAAGGUCAACAUCCAACUCUGGGGCUCCGACAUUGGCAGCAGGCGCCCCGUCGUCGACUACAACCAGGUCAUGGCCUCGGAAGAUGAAUCGGGAAUCGCAAAGUUGACGAAGCUCAUCCGAGAAUACGGGUUCGCCUUCGUCGACAAGACCCCGUUCGAAACUCCUGAGCCGACGCAGCGCGUGCUGGAAAGGAUUGCCUUCAUCCGUGAGACGCACUACGGCGGAUUUUACGACUUCAUCCCCGACCUCGCUAUGGCCGACACGGCAUACACCAACAUCGCCCUCCCGGCCCACACAGAUACGACUUACUUCACAGACCCGGCCGGGUUGCAGGCCUUCCACAUGCUCUCCCACGAGGCCCCGCCAGGACAGGAACGGCCCAAGGACGGCAAGCUGGGAGGAGAGUCGCUGCUCGUCGACUCUUUCCAUGCGGCACGGAUCUUGCUGAAAGAGGACCCCAAGGCGUACGAGAUCCUUUCAAAGGUGCGCCUGCCGUGGCAUGCAAGCGGCAACAAGGGCAUCACGAUAUCCCCGGACAAGCGGUAUCCCGUGCUCGAGGUCGACGAGGAGACGGGCGAGCUGCAACGGGUGCGGUGGAACAACGACGACCGGGGCGUUGUGCCCUUCACCAAGCAUGUUACCCCGACCGAGUGGUAUGCGGCAGCUCGCAAGUGGAAUGCCAUCCUCCGGAGGCGUGAUGUCGAGUAUUGGGUGCAGUUGGAGCCCGGCCAGGUUUUGAUCUUUGACAACUGGCGAGUGAUGCACGGCCGAAGCGCAUUCGAGGGAAGAAGGCGCAUCGCCGGUGCCUACAUUAACCGAGACGACUUCAUCUCACGCUGGAGAAACACAAACUUCCCCCGCGAGCAUAUCCUAAAUCAGGUUGUCGGCUGAAAAAAGGCAAGUUGUCGAUAGGUUUGGGAGAGAGCCGCGUCUGUCGUGUGGUGUUAAGUUAAAAACAUCGAGGUGUUCAAGAUGAAAGGCACAAAACAUUGAAUUUUUUGCAUCACGCCGUCGUCGUGUUGGCUAGUUUUGGCAGGUCUCAUGUGCGUGCAUGUCCCUGUAGGUAUUUAGGCGGUUGUA